AUGUUUUGGCAAUCCGACAUCCCAUUUUCAGGUCGUCAGACGGUCGCGAACCUGACAUUAACUCAGUCUGGAGAAGAUCAGUAUCAGGUCCGCCUUAAACGUGUCCGGAGACAUACCAGAUACCGAGAUCCAAAUCUACAACCCAAAUCUGUAUCUCGUUCACAUCGUACUUGUUCCGUGCACAGCAUGUUUGUCGACUUCUCUCAGAUCGGAUGGGAUCAAUGGAUCAUAUCCCCGGCACGGUAUGAUGCUCGAAUGUGUUUGGGUCAGUGCCCGUUCCCCUUGGGACAGGCAUUUCAUCCAAGCAACCACGCCGUGGUCCAGAUGCUCAUGCAUCACUUGAGCCCAAAAUCGAACAGCCCCACUGCGACUCGAAUACAUCGACCGUGUUGCGUACCUCAAAAGCUAGCCGCCCUACACGUGCUCUAUCACGACCGAAAUGGACUCGUGGUGCUCAAAGUCUAUGAUGACAUGAUUGUGGAAUCAUGCGGGUGCCGAUGA